AUGGAAACAAUUGAAGGACAAAACAGUUAUACUCCUGGUAAUGACUCACAAUUUCUAAGUUUUUGUCCUUGGAAAAAAAGAAAAAACCUCAAACAUUAGGAUUUUGUCCUCCAUAACUUACAUGAAGAGAUAAUCUGACGCUCUAAUCGAAAGAGAUGGCUGAAGAAACGAGCGAAGAAAAUCAAGAGCCCCUUAUGAUGAGGGACUUCCAAGGUGAUUAUUUGGACGUUGCUUCCAUCCCUUUUCUCGCGAAGAUUCUCGACAAACAAGGUGACAAAAUGAUAUUCUUUGCAGACAAAGUAUUAAAAUUUACCAGCACUGGGAAGAUGAAGAAACGCAUUCUUCUUGUCACUGAUUCUGCAGUAUACAUGGUUGACCCAGACAUGGGGACAAUUAAGAGACGCAUCUCUCUAGCUGCUGUCGAGAAAGUUUCUUUGAGUGAAUUAAGUGACAAUUUCUGUGCCAUUAUUAUACCAACAGAGUAUGAUAUUCUCUUGGCUAGUACUCGGAAAACUGAAAUUGUAAAUAUGUUAACGGAAGCUACCAAGACUACAUCAAACUUUGAACUUGAGGUUUAUAUAUCAAACAGUUUUGAGUACAAUGCGGCUGCUGAUGUGGUGAAAGAAAUAAUAUUUGAGGAAGUUGAAGGUGGAGUUAAAACUAAAUUUCUUCGGAAAUGAGUUGCAGUUUGGUUAGGACUUGAUUCCCAGAUUGCUGUUGCUCUGACCUAUAUGUCUCGAGUAAAUUGGGGGAUUAAUAAUGGCCAUCAGCUCAUCAGCUUAUUCUGUAGAAGUGAUAAAUUCUUUUGUUUGCUAAGCUAUCUUGUCAGCCUUCUCCCUAACCGUGACAGGUGUUAUACAUCAUAUUUCUUGCAGUAAUUGGUAUUUGUGUAUUUGUUUGAUUUACCCAUGUAUGUACAACUUCUGAUUAUAAAUCCUGAUUGAGCGCUUUUGAGUGCCCAGCAAAUUUUUGGAAGCAGAGAA